AUGGCGUCGGUAUUCAUGCGGAUAUUCAACCUGAUCUGCAUGAUGUUAUUAAUCGGCCACUGGUCUGGCUGCCUCCAAUUCCUUGUGCCCAUGCUGCAAGGGUUUCCGCCCAACUCCUGGGUGGCGAUAAACGAAUUACAGGAAGCCUUUUGGCUUGAGCAGUACUCUUGGGCGUUGUUCAAGGCAAUGUCCCAUAUGCUGUGCAUCGGGUACGGCCGCUUCCCCCCCCAGUCCCUAACGGAUAUGUGGCUGACGAUGCUUUCGAUGAUCUCUGGUGCUACAUGCUAUGCCCUAUUCUUAGGUCAUGCCACCAACUUGAUACAGAGUCUUGACUCGUCCCGUAGGCAAUAUCGUGAAAAGGUGAAACAAGUCGAAGAGUACAUGGCGUACCGGAAGUUGCCUCGCGAGAUGCGCCAGCGCAUAACAGAGUAUUUCGAGCAUCGGUACCAAGGGAAGUUCUUUGAUGAGGAGCUUAUUCUUGGCGAGCUUAGUGAGAAACUUCGAGAGGACGUCAUUAAUUAUAACUGUCGCUCGCUCGUCGCAUCGGUGCCUUUCUUUGCAAAUGCUGAUUCGAACUUCGUUUCGGAUGUCGUCACAAAGUUGCGUUAUGAAGUCUUCCAGCCUGGUGAUAUUAUCAUAAAAGAAGGAACCAUCGGGAAUAAGAUGUAUUUUAUACAAGAGGGGAUAGUAGACAUCGUUAUGGCCAACGGUGAAGUGGCGACCAGUCUCUCUGACGGGUCCUACUUCGGCGAGAUCUGUCUACUCACAAACGCACGAAGAGUCGCCUCCGUCCGCGCUGAGACUUAUUGCAACCUAUUUUCAUUAUCUGUGGACCACUUUAACGCAGUGCUAGACCAAUACCCCUUGAUGCGACGCACCAUGGAGAGCGUGGCAGCGGAGAGAUUGAACAAGAUCGGCAAGAACCCGAACCUCGUCGCGCACAGAGAGGACGACACCACAUCGGAGGGCAACACAAUCAAUGCAGUCGUGAACGCGCUGGCGGCUGAAGCGGAGCACGUCAGUCUAUCAGAUGAUAGCGUAGCGAGGUUAUCGGAGCGAUCGCUUGGUCUUGCGCUGCAACCGCUUCAGGCAGCAUCGUGUCGGAUGGCAGGAGUCGCGCUGCCGGGUUUGGGUGUCGCAGCCGCGCUGCCGCGACCGAAGUCCGAGCACGAUUUUAGUUCUGCCCAAGCGCAACAGCCGCCGCUGUCUACGGCCGGCGCCGCAUUUCACAAGUCGGACGCCGGCAUAGCCCCCUGA